CUACUCGGGUGUGUUGCGUCAUCGCUCAUCAAAAUAUAUCUGAACUACGAAAUAAAUGCAAUUGUUUGAUUUGCCUUUUAAUACAAACUUUUUAAAUAGACUGAUAAAGAAAUUCAAAUUCAUUCAAAUGUGACAUUUACUAAAUUUAUAUUAGAAAUUCGAUUUUUUAUUUCGCUCGAUAAAUUGAAACAUUGAAUUCGCGCAUUCCAACGUUCUGCGAUUACCUUCGUGUGCGCAGCUGGUGGGGGAGAAGGGGGAAUCACAGUCGUCAUUCUGCUCUGCUGAGAAGAAGCAAACGAUUGCAAUUGUAGUUCGUUCUUUGUUUCCACUACAGUUUCGAACUCGAGACUGGCUUUCUGUCAUCUACUGAUCAUCUGAUAUAUACAGGGUUGCUGGCCCAUACGCUUAACCCCUAACCUGGAGGACCAGGGGACUUAUCUUCCGGCUUCCCUUGUCGUAGAGAGGUGGCCUUCACCGCGGCUUAAACAAAGCCUCUCUCCCCGUUGAUAAUGGACACAUAUGAUAGUAAAAGAAAGAAGAUGGAAAAAUGAAAGGCUCCCUAGGCUUUCGCAACCUAAUCGCUUCGGGACCGAAACAAACAAGAGGAUAUCAAGAGAGAUACAAAGUAUAAAAUAAGUGUGGCACGAGAAAACUUGCUGCAAAAAUGGACCCCAAGAAUUACAAUAGACUUGAUCCAUCAAUACACAAGAUAUCCAAUAGUAUGUCGCUAAAUGAAGACAGAAGGAAACUGGUCAAUGCUCAACUCUCAGAGCUAUUGGAAUCUCGUUUACUUCCUGCCAUGAAAGAAGUAGAUGAGGAUUUCAGGAAUUUAUUUCAAAGACUUCAUUACUCAGGAAGUUACUACGAAAAUUUACGAAUUUCUGAACCUAAUGAAUUUGAUCUCAAUUUGGAACUAAGAUCUCAAAAGGGAUCUCAAAAGGUUCAUUACACCAAUGAGUAUCCUGGUUUUGUCCAGAUAAAACAUAUAUUUGGUGAUACUGUUAAGAAGUGGGUAAAUGGUAGUGGAUUUGUUAUGCAACAUAAAGUCCUUUGUUGGCUCCAGGGAGUUGUUGAUAAAGCAUUAAGGAAAAUAUCGGAUGGACCUUGGCACAAGCGCUUUAUGUACUUAAAAGCUGCAAACAUCCUUGUAAGUUACCAAACAUGUCUACUUGCAAUUAUGUAUGCUACUUCAAAAGUAAGGUUGGAUGUUAUCGACGAUAGUCUCAACGUGGAUUUGGUGCCAGUGUUUGUGUUAGAUCCUAGUCAGUGGCCCAGAUCACCAGUGAGGCAGCCAGUAAUUACAAAUAACAAAUUUGCCGAGCAAUGGUGUGUUGUUCCAAAACCAAACAAUUAUAUUGAUGGAAAUGGAAACAUUGGAACUUUCUGGAGAAUGUCUUUCUACAACCAAGAAAAAGUAAUUUUGAAUAAUAAAAAUCAUUUGAAGAAUGCAUUAAAACUCAUGAAGUUGCUACGUGAUAAAGAAGGUUGGCAUUCAUUAUCAAGUUACUAUCUUAAGACAGUAUACUUGUGGACUCUAACAAAAACUGAUUCACACUUUUGGAAUGCUGGAAUUGGAGUUGUGUUCAUGAAUAUGUUGAAAACUCUAAGAGAUUACCUGAAAGAUAAGCAAUCCAUUCCCUUCUUUUGGGACAGCGGACUUAAUGUUUUAUCAUCCAUUGACUUGCUUGAAAUUCAGAAAAUUGGAUAUAGACUUGAUCGUAUCAUUAAGGACAUAGACAGAAAUCUUACCGAUGGAAAUCCCCAAUACAUUGAAAAAUUAUUUCCAAUGAGUGACAGUCGCUCUUUGUUUACUCACACUGUUGAGAUAGGAAGUUGUUUUGUUGAACUUAAU